UUGCAGAAGAUGCAUAAAAGGGAGCUAUGUGAUAUCACAAGGUGGUGGAAAGAAUUGAACUUGGCAAAUGAACUACCUUUUGCAAGAGACAGUGGUUGAGUUGUACUUUUGGUCUUUGGGUGUGUACUUUGAGCCCCAAUAUAAUGUUGCCAGGAAAAUACUAACCAAAGUGUUAUGUUUCGCUUCAAUUACUGAUGACAUCUAUGAUACAUAUGGAACACUCCAUGAACUUACUCUCCUUACAAACGCAAUAGAAAGGUGGAACAUCGACGCUGCAGAAAAUCUAGCGUCCUAUAUGAAACUCUUUUACACUGCUCUCCUACAUUUUUACAAUGAAGUGGAGAAAGAAUUGGCAAAGGAGAACAAGUCCUUUCGAGUCAACUUUGCUAUUAGUGAGAUGAAAAAGUUGGUGAGAGCUUAUUUUCAAGAGGCGAAAUGGUAUCAUGGGAACACAAUCCCCAGAAUGGAAGAGGAGUAUAUGAAGAAUGGAAUUAAAAGUAGCACUAUCCCAAAUCUUUCUACUGCUUCUUGGUUAGGCAUGGGUGAUGAAGCAACCAAAGAGGCAUUCAAAUGGAUUACAACUGAACCUCCAAUUCUCAUCGCUUCCUCUAUUAUUGCAAGAUUGUUGAAUGAUAUUGUAUCACAUGAGAGAGAAAUGGAAAGAGGAGAUGUAGCUUCUGGUAUUGAAUGUUACAUGAAUGAAUAUGAUGCCACAAAGGAAGAAGCUUACAUGGGGAUAAGGAAAAUAAUAGAGAAAAAAUGGAAGGAUUUGAAUCAACAAUGGCUAAAACCAAUAACAGUACCAAGAGUUUUGCUCAUGCCAGUGCUUAACCUUAUUAGGACGUCAGAAUUCUUUUAUAAAGAUGAAGAUGCUUAUACUUCUUCCAAAAAUAACUUAAAAGACGUCAUUUCUAUGGUGCUUGUUGAUCCCAUUAAACUAUGAAAGCAAA